AUGCGAAGCCAAAUCCCGAAAGAGAUGUGGCGUUACCUCACAGUAGCAGCUGCUAUCGGCACCGUUUUAGCCACUCCAUUAGCAGAAUUGUCUAGUCAUAAUAUGACUAGCAUAUCAAACAAAACGGCAGAGGCAUUAGCCACCAAUGCAUUAGGUGAAACAGAAGGAGCAGUUUACAAUGUGACAAUGUAUCUCGACAGCUUGAAUGAUACCGCACUUUCUGAAUUGGAAUUGGCCCGAUUGAAACGUGGAUGUAUAUGUGAAUGUGCUUGCCCUAUGCCCUGUCCUAUGCCCUGUCCUAUGCCAGUUCUUCCACCGGCUCCUCCAUGUGUCGUACCAUGUCCAGUUCGAGUGCCAGUCGGUGUGCCAUGUCCUGUUCCAGAACCGGUUCCAAUGCCUGUACCGGCUCCAGUUCCCGUACCGGUACCACGACCGGUGCCAAUAAUUUGUGCUCCAGUACCAAUUCCUGAACCAGUUCCAAUGCCUGUACCAGAACCUAUACCCGUACCUGUUCCAGCACCUGUACCAGCACCUAUUCCAGUGAACAUACCAGUUAUGUGUGGCCCUGCACCAGUACCAGUACCAGUGCCAGCACCUGUACCUGUACCAGCACCUGUACCUGUACCUGCACCAAUACCAGCACCAAUUCCAGUACCUGCACCAGUGCCAGCACCAGUACCAUGUCCUGUUCCAUGCCCGUGUCCAUGUCAAUGUGCAUGCCCAUGUCCGUGCUCUUGUGUAAACUAA